AUGUUGGAGAGCAAUGCUAUGUCUAAUCAUGAGCAGGAAGGGACAUCAUAUCCUUCUUCUUGGCACCCAGAGAUGCGCAUUGUGGUGGCUGCGGAUCAAUAUCACACGUUGGCUUGCAUCCGCCAAGUUGACGACAGCCUAGCUACCAUGUGGAGAAUCUUGGGCGGAUGGUUUGCAUACGCUCCAUACAUUGGUUCGUCUGUUUUUGGGUGA